UGAGAAACCGCUGGACCUUUUUCUCCCUAUAAAAGCCCUCCUCUUCUUCCUCUAAACACACAAACGUACCAUAUUUCGAAAACCCUAAUUUCCCAAUUCCCAAAUCUCAACAGCAAAAAGAAGCGAUUUUGAUCAUGGCCCAGCAAGAUUCAAGUGUCCAGGAACCACAACAGAUGGGUGAGGAGGAGGAGCAGAGUCUCAAGUAUUUGGGGUUCGUGCAAAAUGCCGCCGUUGUGUCCGGGGCUUGCGUUUCGAAAGCUUACGGGUAUGCGAAGGAGAGAUCAGGUCCUUUGAAGAAUGGGGUUGAGUCUGUGGAGGGGAAGGUCAAGACUGUUGUUGGACCUGUUUAUGUUAAGUACCAGGAAACCCCAGCUCAAAUUCUCACCUUUGUUGAUCGCAAGGUUGAUGAAUCUGUUACCCAGGCUGCCAAGCUAGACGUGCGUCCAGUGAUCAGGCAAGCCUCAUCCAAGGCCUUGUCAGCUGCUCAGAAGGCACCAGGGGCGGCCUGCACAGCUUGUAAAUCUGCCUACACCAAGAUUGAACCAAAGGCUGAGGAAUGUGCUGCUACUGCAUGGAGGAAGUUGAAUGAACUCCCCGUCUUCCCAAAGGUGGCUGGGGUAGUUGUACCAGCUGGGGCAUAUUGUUGCGAGAAGUACAAUGAGACUGUGCAACAAACAGCUGAAAAGGGGUACAAGGUUGCGGCUUAUAUGCCUUUGGUUCCCACAGAGAGAAUUGCCAAAGUGUUUGGGGAGAAGGUGCCUGAACCAGAGCCAGUGGUUGCAGCAAGUCAUGGCGAGACUGAUAUUGCUGUUCAAUAAGUCUUUGUUUUAUGUUUUGAGUUGUCAUGGUACAUUACUAGAUUUGUUGCUGGAAAGAAUAAACAGAAAGAACCAACAUAUAUGUAAGAAUUGGGCAUAUAGCUGACAAGCCUGCCAAACUCAAA